AGUAGAAAAUCCCAUUACUGCAGGUGCACCGGCGACGACGGUCAUCGGUUCGUAGGUACGACGUUUCCGGCCGGUUGAACGUACGCGACGUCGCGACCAUGGUUAAGGUCCAAUGGUUUUAGGUCAGUAAUUAGUAACACGUUUGCGGUGCGUAUUUAUUAGACGCUCGACUUUGUUUUCUACGCUCAGUGUGGCACUGGUGUGAUCAUCGGGCAGAUUCAAGCGAUCGUUCGCACGCGGUGCACAAUCGGCGCGCUUUUUUCACGUAGGCGAAAUCGCACUCUCUAAAACUAUAAGUCUCCUCGCCAAAAAGUAGGUAUAUCCACUAACCGUCGUCGUCGUCGUCGUCGUCGUUCUUUUUCGCGAGAGCUGCAGGCAUAAUAUUAUUAUAAUUAUUACAAACGGUUAUAAAUAUGAUUUUGUCGAAAAUAAUAGCAUGCCUCGUCGUACCACUGCUGUCGUCCGUGGUCGUUCAGUCGAACCGAGACUUUGCUCAUCGUUUGACUACUAUUGAAGAUUUAGCCACUCGUGACAACGUCAUAAACGUGCCGGUAGCUUUGCCCACAGGUUACGUUGUGAACAGGCCGUCUCAAAACAUGGCUACUGCAGGAGAUCGAGUGGACGUUAACAAGGAACCUAGCAAAGAAGUUUCAGAAACUGAUAUGUAUUUACUAGGAGCUAUUGAAAAAUUGGUACACAGAAUGGAUUUAAUGGAAAAACGGUUGAAACGAUCAGAAGAACUCAUUCAACACAUCGUAGAAGGAAACGCAGCCAACAGAGAAGAUCCUUGUCCGGGAAAUUUCACGCGUAUCGCACAUGCCUGUUAUCACUUUAGCGAAAGACAGUACAACUGGAAGUCGGCCAUGUCGAUGUGCAAGAGUUUGGGCGGAAAUUUGUUAGAGUUCGACAACAAAGACGAACAGAUUGAUGUGCUGACGUACCUUAUCGGUGACAAGUAUCUAAGAGGUUACGACUACUGGACCGGUGGCCUAAACCCGGGACUUUUGUGGAUAUGGGCCAACAGCGCGCGGCCCGUGGUGCCCAAGGACUCGACGAGGCCCGAGGACCAGAUCACCGGGUCCGGAAGGUGUUUGCGCCUCACCCCGAACGCCGCGACCAAGGUGUACGCGUACUCGGGCGCCGAGUGCAGUAACCGGCACCGGUACGUGUGCAAGCACGAGGACAACGCCACGGAAAAGGCGCUGACCAGGAUACACAAAGCCCUUAAGGACGGAGGAGGUCAACAGCAGAAGCCGACGACGGUCUUCGGGUCGUCGCCACUGAUCGCGGCCACCGUAUAAACCGUAUUUUUUCCCACUAUACCUACUUAUUAGCUACCUAUACAGUAAUCUAUAAUUGUAAAUUGUGUGAUAAGUAAUCCGAGCAUUACCUAUACAAUAUAAAUAAUAUGUGAAUAAAAUAUAGCGAAUUGUGAAUUCGUCGAGUCCUAUACGAAAAUAUUCAAACUCACUGGAAACGCGCUAACGGCUGUAUGAAACUGGAUGAAUAUAAUAUUAUGCUAUGUGAUAGGUAUUGUAAGUAAUUUUUUUUUUGUAUUAUUUAUAUAUAUAUAUAUAUUAUAAAUUAUUGUUUUCCAAAGACCGCUGUUCGAAGUAUACGAACUCCUUAUAUUUUACGCAUCAUGUCAUAUUUAUUUUUAUUACACGUUCGACGGAAUAUUAAAAUAUAACAUCUGAAA